AUGAGUGGUUCUCUGGAGCUGCUCCUACCACUGGUCCUCCCAAUCGCACGCACAGCAACUGACAUCCACUAUCGACAGAGUUGGGAAGUAAGUGGGAAACGUCAAUGUGCCGGUCCUCGGGACCGUCCAGGGUUAGGGGAUCAGGACUCGAUGUCGCAGAGGCCUCCUGCGUCUCGUCCUGCAUCUCGCUCGCCUCCCGAUGGCCAAAGGAUUACUCUACCGCCGGUGCAGCUUCGAGAUGACCCUCCACCGGGGGGACGACAGGGAGAAAGGCAUCAGCAAGAGCCUGAAAGUCGGGGAUAUCCUCAGCAGCUCCAGUCGUCCCCACAACAUGCUCGUGCUGCCCAACCUGCGCCAUCCGGAGAAGAUUGGAGAUCAUCGGGCCCAUCUAGAGAUCUAGGCGUUCACUCCAUGUUGAAUCCAGCGGAAUCCGAGGCCAGCGGGCACUCGAGCCGUCGUCGUCUCAGUGAAGCUGCUACCGAGUCGCCAGUUGUUGGACCAGCUUCCCAGUUUAGAGCCAGCCCAGUAGGAAUGACAGCACAUCCAUUCUCAGGCCAACAACCCCCCUCAAGCACUCCCCCUACAACGGAGGCCUACAGUGCGCCAUAUCCUAGAAAUCGCCGAAUUUUAACAGCAAGAUCUCCAUCUCGUACGUUCAGCUCUGGAAGGGGUACGAGCCCCGCGACGAUCGAUGCACAGCGGUCCCCUUUCUUACCAUCAAGAGGACGGCCUUACACAGCAGAACCUGGUCCAUCCCCAGCAUCUGAAGUCCCUCCCAUGCCCACUCCUCCAGGGCAACCUCAGCAGCAGCAGCAGCAGCAGUAUGGCUUCCCACAAUCAGCCUCAACUCCAACCAUCGCCCCACGACGAGCAAGUGGGAGCACCAUGCAGGCUCCUGGACGAGCACCAGCCUCGCAAAGUACCAGUCCCUCCAUCUCAGCCUCAUCACACAAUCCUUCGUCAAGCCAGGCAUCCCCGGCUUCGUUUCUCUACAAAAGUGGACAAACGCCGCAAACCACCACAUCUUAUUAUCCGGGUUCGUCGUAUGGAACCUCGAUGGUGCAGCAGCAGCAGCAGCAAGGAGCAUCGCGGUUAGCUGACGAAAAGCGCGCGCGCAACGCAGGAGCCUCAGCGCGAUUUCGUCAACGCCGAAAGGAGAAAGAGAAGGAGGCUAAUAGUAAUAUCGAGAAGCUUCAGCAGCAAACGAGAGAAUUGGAGCGAAAGGUCAGGGAGGUGGAGCAGGAAAGGGACUUUUACCGCGCCGAGCGAGACCGUUUUCGUGAUGUGGUUUACAGGACUCCCGACAUGAGACACCUGGUCAUGCAAGCCCCUCCAAGUCCGCAAAGCAUGCGGCCUGGGUCGUUCCAGGGGUCGAUGUCCCAAAUGGGAAAUCCUCCACCUCCGCUUCCACCUUCGCAGAUGGGAUUUCAAGCCCCUGAGAGCACUUCCGAACGGGCACCAAGAAGGCGAAGGACAGACGCUCAGGGCGACUUCACCAGCUUACCGCCUUACUCACUACCCCCAGCCUCGACGUUACCACCUGUUCAAGCAUCUGGGUACCCUCCGGGGCCUGGUCAGGGACCGACGAGUCUUCCCCCCCUGCGGAUCGAUAACACGGCUGCUCCCCUGACAACGAGCACCAGCAUUCCCCCUGCGACGACGGCAGGGCCUCCACCGCCCUAUGACCCCUACUCGCGGGGUCCUUUCGAGCGAGGAUGGCCUGGGGAGGGCGGACGACGACAAUGA